CGGAAAGCCCAGCUGUGUCUGCGCCUCCAGUCCCCAGGGAUCCUGACAGCUGUAUGCAGCUAACAGAACCAUGGCAACAACUCCCACUGCCGCUUUUGAGACUCUUAUGAAUGGAGUGACAAAUUGGGAUGUCCCCAAAGACCCCAUUCCCUGUGAACUCCUUCUUAUUGGAGAGGCUGCCUUCCCAGUGAUGGUGAAUGACAAGGGCCAGGUGCUCAUUGCUGCCUCCUCCUAUGGUCAAGGCCGCCUUGUGGUUGUAUCCCAUGAGGGCUACCUGCUGCAUGAUGGCUUGGCACCAUUUCUUCUCAAUGCAGUGGGCUGGCUCUUACCCUCCCCUGGAGCUCCUGUAGUGGUGCACCCGUCACUGGCAUCACUGGUGAAUCUCCUGCAGGACUCUGGAAUUGAGGCACAGAUUGGGCCACAACCUGGAAAACCCUUGGGGGUUUACUGCAUCAGUGCCUACAGUGACCCUUUGACUGAGAUGCUGAUCCAGUUUGUGAAGCAUGGAGGGGGUUUGCUCAUCGGAGGCCAGGCCUGGUAUUGGGCUAGUCAACAUGGCCAUGACAAGGUACUAUCCAGGUUCCCUGGGAACCAGGUGACAAGUGUGGCUGGAGUGUACUUUACCGAUGUCUAUGGGGACAUAGGCCAUUUCAAGGUCUCUAAGAAGGUGCCCAAGAUCCCACUUCAUGUCAGGUGUGGGGAGGAGCUCUUGCAGGAUCAGCAGCAACUUCUGGAUGGAAUCUCCGAGCUCGACAUCAAGACAGGGGGAGUCCCCUCACAGCUGCUGGUGCAUGGGGCCCUGGCCUUCCCUCUGGGCCUCGAUGCCUCCCUAGGCUGCUUCCUGGCAGCUGCCCGCUAUGGUCGUGGCCGUGUAGUCCUGGCUGCUCAUGAGGGCAUGCUCUGGGCUCCCAAGAUGAAACCCUUUUUGCUCAAUGCUGUGCACUGGUUGGCCAAAGGCCAGACAGGCAAAGUUGGAGUGAACAAAAGUCUUAAAAAUCUGCAUCCCUUACUAGUGCAGCAUGGUGUGAAAUGCAGCUUGGAGUCCCAUUUGACCAGUGACUUGCUCGUCUACUGUUGUGUGGCUUACAGUGACCAGGAGGCUAAGGAGAUACAAGAGUUUGUGGCCGAAGGCGGGGGGUUGCUGAUUGGUGGUCAUGCCUGGUGGUGGGCAUCCCAGAAUCCAGGCCGCUCCCCCCUGGCUAAUUUCCCUGGUAAUGUCAUCCUCAACCGCUUUGGCCUCAGCAUCCUACCUCAAACCCUCAACCCAGGCUGUUUCUCUGUCCCUCCUCCAGAGAUGAGGAGCUACCACUUCCGCAAGGCACUGCUUGAACUCCAGGCCAUGUUGAACCACAGGGGUGGGAACUUGGAAAAGAAUUACCUGGCAAAGUUGGGAGUCGAUGGUGCAGCCUUCCUUCAGAUUCCUGCAGAGGGGCUUCCUGCUUAUACAUCCUUGCACCGGCUCCUGAGGAAGAUGUUAAGACAAGCUGGCCUCCCAGCUGUGAGCAGGGAGAAUCCAAUAGACAGUGACUCCUGUGAGGCCACAAUACUCUGUCUGGCCACAGAGCUAGCACGCUCAGGAAUGGACUGCUCGCAACUGGCUCAGGGCCUUGGGAUCCAGACCUGCUCCUCCAGGCUGCUCCCCUCUGAAUUCCCCAUCACUGUGGAGAUCAAUGGGACCAACCCAGAGAACAGUGAUUCCUGGGUGAGCACUGGGCUCUACCUCUUGGAAGGACAAAGUGCAGAUGUCUCCCUGUCUGAAGCUGCUGCAUCUGCUGGCCUGAAGGUACAGGUUGGCUGCCACACUGAUGACCUGACCAAGGCCAGCAAGCUGUCUCGAGCCCCCAGGGUGAUUCACCAGUGCUGCAUGGACAGGACCCAACAGUCAGUCCCCUGUCUCUGGGGGGGACUCCUAUACAUCAUUGUGCCCAAGUGCUCUCAACUUGGCCCUGUGUCUGUCACCAUCAGGAGGGCUGUACCUGCCCCAUACUACAAGCUGGGUAAGACAUCCAAAGAGGAGUGGAAGAAGAGUAUCCAGGAGAACCCAGCUCCCUGGGGAGAGCUGGCCACAGACAACAUCAUCCUGACAGUGCCAACUGCAAAUCUCCAGGCCCUGGAGGAUCCCACGCCUCUGCUCUGCCUCUGGGAUGAGAUGAUGCAGGCUAUAGCCAGGCUAGCUGCCCAGCCUUUCCCUUUCCACAGACCUGAGAGGAUUGUUGCUGAUGUGCAGAUCUCAGCUGGCUGGAUGCAUUCAGGAUACCCCAUCAUGUGCCACCUGGAGUCAGUGAAGGAGCUCAUCAAUGAAGCAAGCAUGAGAAGCAGUGGUCUGUGGGGACCCAUUCACGAGUUGGGCCACAACCAGCAACGGCAAGAGUGGGAGUUUCCCCCACACACCACGGAGGCUACCUGCAACCUCUGGUCAGUCUAUGUGCAUGAGACUGUCCUAGGGAUCCCCAGGGCUCAGGCCCAUCCUGCUCUGAAACCUUCAGAACGAGAGAAGAGAAUCAAAGCACAUCUGAGAAAGGGAGCACCCCUGUGUGACUGGAAUGUGUGGACAGCUCUGGAAACAUAUCUACAGCUCCAGGAAGCCUUUGGGUGGGAACCAUUCACCCAGCUUUUUGCUGACUACAGGACUUUUUCUGGCAUCCCCCAAAACAAUACCGCCAAGAUGAAUCUAUGGGUAAAGAAGUUCUCUGAAAAAGUGCAGAAGAAUCUGGUUCCUUUCUUUGAAGCCUGGGGCUGGCCUGUCCAGAAGGAAGUGACCGAUAGUCUGGCCCACCUGCCAUGUUGGCUAGAACACCCCAUGCGAGAGUGCAUGGGUACAGAAGAGUAAAGGUGUACAGCAGAAACUUUGCUCCUGGAUCAUUUCUUGCCUCUACUUGUUCAUUCUUUCACUUCACAACAGCAUUGUACAGAAGUUUCAGGGAUCUGGACUUCCUAUCUGGC